CUUCGGGAUCGAGCCCCUCGCAGUUUCCAAGCUUUCGUGUAACCUUCACGGCAGAAGUCGCGACCAUAUAUAAUAUCAUGCGAUAGCCAUUACACGUAGCAAGUUUGGUUUUCACAUUUGAUAUCUAGAUAGAUCUUGCAGCGGCACUUCAUCUACGCUUUGCUUCAUCUAGAAAGCUCCUACGACAGCUAGAAAUCAAUCACAAGAUAAUCAGUCAACAUGGCUCACGUCGGCGCUCUUCCCAAGAUUAAGCGCUACGUGACAGCACACAACAAAGAAGGCAAAGCGAUCUUUAGUGACAAGUUCGACGAUGAAAGCACCAUGAAGCCAAACGAUGACGGCAUAGCGUUCGCACUGAGCUACACCACGAAGGGCUUCCCCGUCAGCAUGGACGACGACGAAGAUCUCCAAGUCUACGAUAAAUAUCUAAACAGCGCCCCUGGCCUCGUUGUCUCAGGAGGCACAGUCCUUCGACACGUCGAUAUCCCACCCAAGACUGCAUGUACCAUGCAUCGGACCGUGAGCUUGGAUUACGGCGCGGUGAUAGAGGGAGAGGUCGAGCUGCUCUUGGACAGCGGGGAGAAGCGUAUCAUGAAGAGAGGCGAUGUUGCUAUUCAGCGCGGGACGAUGCAUCAGUGGAUCAACAACAGUGAAACGGAGUGGACGAGAAUGCUGUUCGUCCUGCAAGAGAGCAAGCCGCUCAAGGUUGCGGGGGAGACGUUCGGAGAGCAUUUGGCGGGUAUGGCAGGUGUGCGAUCGUCGGAUUGACCCUAGAGGAAGGGUGAGUGGAGUAUGGCAAUUUUCCAGAUAUGAUCAUUGAGUAUCGAACGUAUAUCGAGACAAAUGGCCGUUGGGCAGGUAUAUCAUGAGUGCGAGCGCGGGGAACUUCUCGUAGAAAUGAAUACGAAAUUGGCGUUGAUUCCUUUGCCAAGACCGAGCUAGUGCCUGUC